UUUUAAAACCAGCUUUUUUGGACUUUAGCUUCGCAUCGACCUGGUUUGUGAGUAGGAGAGUCUCUAAAGCAGACUGCUGCUGAUCUGUGCUGUGUCCAAGAGCACAAAAUCUGACUUCUUGAUACGAUACAAACACCAAGAACUCGGAUCACAGUAGAGAUGGCGACCUUUGAUGACCUCCUGGAAGAAGCUGGGGCUUUUGGACGUUGUCAGAAGCGAAUCUUUGCCUUGUUCUGUCUGUUGUCGUUGCCUUUUUCAGGUGUGUACGUCGGCAUCGUCUUCCAGGGUUUCACCCCGGAUCACUGGUGUAGGGACUCGGCGGUGGUGGAGAGGAGGCAGGCGUGCGGUUGGAGUUUGGCGGACAGUCGCAGGCUGACGGUGCCGCUGGUCAACAGCUCCGGAGUUCUGCAGCCGAGCAGCUGUGAGCAGUACGAGGUGGACUGGAACGCCACGGCGCUCAGCUGUGAUACACAAGAACUGAACCUGACAAAUGUUCCAGUUACUGCAUGCAAGGACGGCUGGGAGUAUCAGUAUGAAGGCAGGAAGUCCUUUGUCACGGAGUUUGACCUGGUGUGUUCAGAUGCAUGGUGGGUGGACAUGUACCAGUCCACUCUCAAUGUGGGCUUCCUCGUUGGCAGCUUUGUUUUUGGUUACUUUGCUGACAGGUUUGGCAGGAAGCUGACUUUCCUGAUGUCCAACAUGAUGAAUCUAGUCUCGGGGAUCAUGCUCGCCGUGGUACCGAACUACAUCUCCAUCCUGGUGCUCAGGAGCAUCUUUGCCUUCGGAGUCAAAGGAGGCUGGAUGACGACUUAUGUGAUGCUCACAGAGAUUGUCGGGAUGGAUUACAGACGGACGGUGGGCAUAUUGUACCAGAUGAUCUUCAGUGUCGGGAACCUCCUCCUACCUCUGCUCGCCUACUAUGUGACUGACUGGCGCUGGCUGCAGGUCAUUUUCAGUGCACCCUACUUGUUCUUCCUGUCCUACCACUGGUUUGUCCCAGAGUCUCCACGGUGGCUCGUCUCUCAGAGGAAUUAUUCGAAAGCUUUGGAGAUCACUGAAGCCAUGGCAAAGGAGAACAAGAAGAAACUCUCCACAAACAUCGAGACACUGCAUGAGGAUGAGACUGACUCCCCUACUGCCUCUUUGUUGGACCUGUUCAGAACUCCAAAUAUGAGAAAACACACUUUCAUCCUCAUGUUCAACUGGUUCACCAGUGCUGUGGUAUAUCAGGGCCUCAUCAUGCGGGUGGGGAUAGCAGGAGGAGACGUCUACAUCGACUUCCUCCUCUCUGGCCUGGCCGAGUUUCCUGCUACCUUUUUUAUCCUUUUCUCAAUUGAUCGCAUCGGCCGACGUCUUCCCUUCGCCACCGCCAACAUCCUCGCUGGAGCCUCCUGCUUGAUUGCUGCCUUCAUUCCUGACAGCAUGUUCUGGGCGAAGACGGUGGUGGUCUACAUUGGUCGGCUGGGUAUCACCAUGGCCUUCAUGAUGGUGGUGUUUGUUAACACCGAGCUGUACCCAACAUUUGUCAGGAACCUGGGAGUGUCAAUUUGUUCGACUAUGUGUGAUGUUGGAGGCAUCAUAGCCCCGUUCCUGCUCUAUAGGCUGGCUGCCAUCUGGCUGGAGCUACCACUCAUCAUCUUUGGUGUGGUCGCGUUCAUAGCUGGAGGUUUGGUGUUGUUGCUGCCUGAAACCAGAGGACCUCUGCCUGACACCAUAGAAGAUAUUGAGUUUCCUAAUAGGAAAAAGGGGAAUGUGGCAGAGAACCAUCAGAUGAAGAAACUUUUAAAAUCAGACCUGACAAACAACAAGGAAACAACAACUGUCUGACUCUUUGUGUGCAUGCAUGCAUGUGUGUAGACUUUAUUCACUCUAAUACAAUAUAUUGACCUCUACUAAAAACAUUUUUUUCUAUAAAGCAUGGCUUGCCCAUUUCCUUUGUAUUAAAGUUUUAUUUUUCAGCUCUUACAGAAAACAAACCUUUACACCCCAAAAAGCAGGAAUACGAUCUGCUACACAUCAGAUAAUACCACGCUACAAA